AUGACAAAUCCUGGAAUCGCGAGCAAACGAGAAAGAAGGCGGCAUUUUCUGCAACUGUUAAUAGAGCUCUUUUUUCUUUCUAUCGCAGUCUCAGCUAUCUUUGUCUAUUCACAUCUGUCUAUCUAUCCUAGUCUAUUCAUCUCUCUCUCUCUCUCUCUCUCUAUCUAUCUAUCUAUCUAUCUAUCUAUCUAUCUCUAUUCAUAUCUAUCUAUUUAUUUAUCUAUUUAUCUCGGUAUCUAUCUCAGAAUCUAUCUAUCUAUCUAUCUAUCUAUCUAUCUAUCUAUCUAUCUAUCUAUGCUCGUCUAUUCAUAUCUAUCUAUCUAUCUAUCUAUCUAUCUAUCUAUCCUAGUCUAUUCAUAUCUAUCUAUCUAUCUAUCUAUCUAUCUAUCUAAGUCUAUUCAUAUCUAUUUAUUUAUCUAUUUAUCUCAUUAUCUAUCUAUCUAUCUAUCUAUCUAUCUAUCUAUCUAUCUAUCUAUUCUAUUCAUAUCUAUCUAUCUAUCUAUCUAUCUAUCUAUCUAUCUUAUUUAUAUAUCGCCACCACGGCCACCACCCACACCAAAGAACACUGCCCUUCCCUCUUUUUUACUUACUACUCAUGUUUCUCGACGGGCGGCUAAAAGCUUUAACCUUUCCGAACCAAAUGACAUACCCACCGGUUUUGCUUAUCUUAACAUUUCAUUCUCUUCUUUCUUUCUUUCUUUCUUUCUUUCUUUCUUUCUUUCUUUAAACGAAAUGAAUCCUACCAGUUGCUAUUAUCUUCAUUUUUCUUUCUUCUGA